AAGCGUACAGCUCUCUCUCUCUCUCUCUCUCUCUCUCUACCCUCUGAAAUCGAAAAUUAUGAUGAGAGAAGACGACGAUCUUGCUCUGCUACAGGAAAAUGGUAUGAAUCCCGUCGACAAGUUCCAAUUAAUCCCCGAAUUUCUCAAGGUGCGAGGUCUCGUGAAACAACAUUUGAACUCUUUUAAUUACUUUGUGAGGACGAAGAUCAAAAAAAUUGUUCAGGCCAAUGAUCUCAUCGCAUCUACUAAGGACCCAAGUAUUUAUUUGAGAUACAAAGAUGUACGUAUAGGUGAACCAACAUUGGUAUUAGAUGGUGUUUCCGAACAGCUUACUCCCCAAAAGUGCCGGAUCCUCGACACAACUUAUAAUGCUCCGAUAUACGUGAACAUAGAAUACGUUACCGUAAAAAAUAGAUUGAAGAAAACCGAAACAAAGAAAGAUGUCAUUAUUGGAAGAAUGCCUAUCAUGUUAAGAAGUUGCUGUUGCAUUUUGUUCGGAAAGGAUGAAGAAGAACUUGCCAAAUACGGUGAAUGUCCGCUUGAUCCUGGAGGAUAUUUUGUCGUUAGAGGAAACGAGAAGGUAGUUUUGAUUCAAGAACAACUUUCGAAGAACCGAAUAAUCAUUGAUACUGACACGAAAGGCUGUGUGCAAGCAUCUGUUGCAAGCAUUACAGAGAAAAUAAAGAGCAGAACAGUUAUACGAAUCGAGAGAGAGAAAAUAUACGUGGACCUGAAUAAAAAAGCAAGAAAGGUUCCGAUAAUGAUAGUCUUUAAAGCAAUGGGUAUGGAAAGUGAUCAAGAGGUUUUCCAGAUGAUGGGGAGAGACCCUCGGUAUAGUGAACUGCUAUUGCCAUCAAUUGAGGAUUGUUUAAAGGUAGGUGUACACAAUCAACGUCAGGCACUGGAUUUCCUGAAGAAGAAGGAUGAGCAUGCUCUUAGCAUCCUUCGAGACACAUUUCUUGCCAAUAUUCCUGUCGAUCAAGAAAAUUUCCGUCCAAAAUGCAUUUACGUCGCUGUAAUGAUGAGGCGCAUGAUGGAUGCAAUCUUAAACAAGGAUGCAAUGGAUGACAAGGAUUACAUGGGGAACAAAAGAUUGGAACUGUCUGGUCAAAUGCUAUCGUUUCUUUUUGAGGAUUUGUUCAAGUCAAUGAACGAGCAGGCCUGUCUAGAAAUAGAUAAAAAAAUAGAAAAGGGAAAUCGUAACAGACAAUUUGACAUUUCUCAGACUAUUGUGCAAAAUAGGAUUACUCUUGGUCUAGAGAAUGCUCUUUCGACUGGAAAUUUUGUUGCCACAAGAUUUGGACUGAAUCGAAAAGGAAUGGCGCAGGCCGUAAUUAGGAUGUCAUAUAUAUCAACCGUAAGUCACAUGACAAGGAUAUUGCCACAAUUUGAAAAAUCUAGAAAAGUAAGCGGACCUAGAGCUUUACAACCCAGCCAGUGGGGGAUGCUGUGCCCCUGUGAUACUCCUGAAGGUGAUUCGUGUGGACUGGUUAAAAAUCUGGCACUGAUGACUCAUGUUACAACGGAUGAAGAUGAAGGCCCUCUCAUUUCUUUGUGCUACACUCUUGGAGUAGAAAGUUUCGAGUAUCUUUCUGGUGAAGAAGUUCACAUGCCAAACUCCUAUCUGAUCAUAUUCAAUGGACUCAUUAUUGGCAAGCACAGGCGGCCACAAAGAUUUUCCAAUGCAAUGAGAACACUACGAAGGGCUGGUAAAAUUGGCGAGUUCAUAAGCAUUUUCGUGAACGAAAAGCAGCAUUGUGUUUACAUUGCUUCAGAUGGUGGCCGUGUUUGUCGUCCACUCGUGAUCGCUGACAAAGGCGUAUCAAGAAUUAAGGAGCACCAUAUGAAGGAGUUGAAGGAUGGAGUCCGGACCUUUGACAGUUUCUUAAAAGACGGUUUGGUAGAAUAUCUUGAUGUCAAUGAGGAGAACAAUGCAUUGAUUGCUUUAUAUGAAGACAAUACGAAAGAAAAAACAACCCAUAUCGAAAUAGAGCCUUUUACAAUACUGGGCGUGUGCGCUGGGUUGAUUCCUUAUCCUCAUCAUAACCAGUCACCGAGAAAUACGUAUCAGUGUGCUAUGGGAAAGCAAGCUAUGGGCCACAUUGCAUAUAAUCAGUAUUGUAGGACGGACACGUUAUUGUGUCUCUUAGUUUAUCCACAGCGACCUUUACUAACCACACGGACAAUCGAGCUGGUGGGCUUUGAUAAACUGGGAGCUGGGCAGAAUGCAACUGUUGCGGUGAUGAGUUAUAGUGGAUAUGACAUAGAGGACGCAAUAGUAAUGAAUAAAUCUUCCUUGGAUCGUGGUUUUGGUCGUUGCAUUGUUAUGAAAAGAAUGGUUUCAGUUUGCCAGAAGUAUGAAAAUGGCACAUCUGAUCGUAUUCUUAAACCACAAAGAGAAGAAAAAGAUGCUGACAAGAUGCAGAGUUUAGAUGAUGAUGGACUAGCAGCUCCCGGGCUAACUAUUCGAGCCAAUGAUAUUUAUAUCAAUAAAUAUUCCCCCACAGUCACUAGGGUGCCAGUGAAAUUCCCCAUGGCCCUGCCAGAUAGCUCAUACAUGCCAAGUAGAGAGUCUCAUAAAGCUUCUGUAGGAGAGACAGCUGUCAUAGAUAGAGUUGUACUCUUCUCUGACAGGGAUAACAACAUGAAAAUCAAAUUCAUGACUCGUCAAACUCGUCGGCCAGAGGUUGGUGACAAAUUUAGUAGCCGUCACGGGCAAAAAGGGGUUUGCGGCACAAUUGUUCAAGAGGAAGAUUUACCGUUUUCCGAGCGUGGAAUAUGUCCUGAUUUAAUCAUGAAUCCUCAUGGAUUUCCUAGCCGUAUGACAGUUGGGAAAAUGAUAGAACUUCUUGGUAGCAAAGCUGGAGUUUCUUGUGGUAGGUUUCAUUAUGGAAAUGCAUUUGGUGAGCCCAGUGGUCAUGCAGAUAAAGUCGAGACUAUAAGUGAAACCCUAGUGAAGCACGGUUUUAGCUACAACGGCAAAGACUUCCUCUAUUCAGGCAUCACCGGUGAGCCUCUGCAAGCUUAUAUUUUCAUGGGUCCAGUUUAUUACCAACGGUUGAAACACAUGGUGAUAGAUAAAAUGCAUGCUCGAGGUCAUGGACCCAAAACUAUGAUGACUAGGCAGCCUACAGAAGGGAAGAGCAACAAUGGAGGUCUUCGGAUGGGAGAAAUGGAACGAGAUUCCUUAAUUGCAUAUGGAGCCAGUAUGUUAGCAUACGAGCGCUUAAUGCUUUCUAGUGAUCCGUUUGUGGUUCAGGUCUGUCGAAAGUGUGGUCUCCUGGGGUAUUACAACUUUAAGUUGAAGACUGCGAUUUGUUCGAUGUGCAAAAACGGGGAUAAUAUAGCUACUAUGAAUUUGCCCUACGCAUGCAAGCUUUUAUUCCAGGAGCUCCAGUCAAUGAACAUCGUUCCUCGUUUAAAAUUAACGGAGGCAUAAUGCUCCGUCCUUUGUCCAUGGUUCGGUACAUCAUUGUAAAGUGUGAAGGUCUUUUUUUGGGUGUAUUGGAAUUUGGAAGGGUAAUUUCCCCCUGGUAUAGAAUGAAGGGCAAAUUACGAGAAACCCCUGGUAUAAGGUCUAAUUGCGAAAUGAUAAUUUUGUGGUGUCAUUCUAAGAAAUAUUAUUUAGUACAAAAUUGUACACAGCAACAUAUUUUAGAACUUGGCACCAUCCAAUAUUUGAAAUGAUCAAUCUAUUUGAGGUUUAUGUUCUUUAAAUGACAAAGUAGUGUAGAUGCACAUUAAAAAAAAGCUCGUUCCCUUACUCCAUUUUAUAUUAAAGUUCUAUAUUGAUCAUGUAUAUGAGAUUUAUGCUUUAUGUUAAUGAAAAUUUAGUAUCUUCUCGAAUAAUUGAAAGACUUUUGUUUAAUUUUAUGCGGGAAAACUCUAAUAACAUAAUCUUGAAACUAAAUUCAUCUUAAGAACAUAAUCAAAUAAUUGAGAUUAUCGAUAUACCGUUCGCCAUGGAUUCCGAUAGAGACGAUGAUGAUGAACGAGAACAAUAGCAAUCUACAAGCCAAACCUCCUCCGAAUCUCUUUGUGAGAAC